GCGCCUGUUUGCGCUCCACAGCACCAUCCGUUUGACAGACCGCUAGAGUGCUACUAUACUGUAGCGCACUAGACGCAUCAUUGGCCCGCAGCGUUCAACACGAUGGACUACGACAGGUACCGCAACACGCCGUUCGACGAUUACGACCCUCGUGACUCCCGCGGGUACGGGGCUCCGUAUGGUCACGAUGCACCGCAUCAUGUCCCGCACCGUGGCCGAUCGCGCGCGUCCUCCAGUGCUGCUUCAGACGGCUUGCCGCAGCCGGCCCAGCAGCCGCUCAAGAGUGCCAUCGGUAAUGCCUUUGAGCAGUCUGAUGCGGCAAGGACCGUCGACCCCGAACUCAUUGCUCAGAUAGCAGCUGAAGUCAAAAAGUCGGUGCUGGAUGAGAUCAAACAGAGUGGAUUGGCAGGCACUGCGCCAGCUCAGCCUGGUCCUCCGCCGCCACAGCACAUCCCACCGUCGCCAGACUCCACCAGCGCAUCCUUUCCGAAGCGAGACGUAUACACGCCGCCGUCUCCGUACUACCAAGACACUCCCGGACAACACUCUGCUCACAGUCUUCCUCGCGACUCAAGUUUGGACGGCAGCACCGACAACCUCCCGACACCUCGCCACACUUCGAGCGCACCUAUCGACAUUCCUAGGAAGGACCAAGGGCCAGAGCGACCGGCCCCUGCACCCAGGAUGGCGACGGACGACUUCACUCCCAUCGAGAAGAUGUGGCAGCGUCUGUUCGACCCUGAAGGGCAACCUCUGCCGCGCCUGGGCGAGUUUCUUCGCGGACUUGCAAUGCACCUGAUCGAUGACUACGAACCCAAGCGCAGUCUCGUCAUAUCGCCUGCAAAGAUGUUGAGAUUCUACGAAGAUGUGAAGGUGCCGGACGAGAUCUACCCCUGGCGAACCAUCUUCGGAGAGCUAUCGUACCCUGCGUUGUCCAAGGUCUACCAGAGCAUGCGCUGCCAACAUCACCUCAUCCAAGAGCAUCCAGCAGACGCGCCCUACAUCCCCGCUCUGACCCCACAAGGCUUUCAGGAGUGGAUGACUGCUAUGAUAACGGCUUAUCCCGACAAUGAGUACGAGCGAAUGUCAAAGGCCGUGUUGGACAUGCCCAUCAGCAACGCAGACAACAUCAAGGAGAGGUUCCCCAAGGAACUGCCGCGACGCAUGUUCCCGAGAAGCGAGAACGUGCACGCCCAACAGAGGUGUGCGGCCAGCCUAUCCGCUGAAGGUGCUGGUCCUCUCCGAAAGGCUCCAACUUUCCCACCGCCGCCACCCAAGGUCGACGCCAGCGCAGCCGGCCCGACUCUCGAGCGUGAACGCAGUCCGUAUGGAGGGCAGCCUGACGCGAAAAGCCCUGAACCUGAGGACGAGCAUGGCACAGGUUUCGUCCCGAUCGAGCGCGAGAGGAAGCCUUACUCUGCGACGCCAAAUGCCGGCAAGGUGUAUGAUGACCUGUCUCAAAGCACGCAUUCCGACACCACGCCGGCACCUUCCCAGCGCAGACGCGCACAGUCGACCGCGAACCAAAGCCAAUGGGCACCACCUCCGAGUGACCCCUACGACCAGCAACCACGAUCGAACACCCGUCGCACCAGGAGCCCCAGCUUCUCAAACUACGGCACGUACUCUGAUGGCAACAUCAACGACGUGCCUAGCAGCUACUACGCAUCAAACCUCCACAACGCCCACGACGACCGUCGCCGCAGUAAGGACGAAGAUUAUAGAAGACAGCACCGUCACCGGCGAGGCACCACCGAUGCAGACAGCAGCUCGUACGAUACGCAGGCACGGGCGAGCUAUGAUGACUACCGGGGUCGCGGCACGAGUGGAUACGAGGAUAGAGGAUACGAGUCUCGCCGCUACUGAGGCAUUCUGUCUGCCAUGUUGGCGUUGCAUGACGCUAUGAAGAUUACGAGAUUCCCAUUCAUACCCCAUUUUCGCUGGAGUUACAUACCCUGUUUAGUGGAUACCCUUUGUUUGUGUAGAUGUAGAUUGAAAACUCGCGCAAGUUGUAUAUUCAUGAAUGACACGGCAUCGAAUCGAUUCAUUGUUGAAAUCUUG